GAUUUAAUGCCAAGCCCAUUGAGAGUCAAAAAGGAUGAGAAAGCCAAAGACAUCCAAGAACAACAUGAUUCUUGGAAGAACCAGGUUCUCAAGGAUCACUAUGAGACCAAAACUUCUUCAGAGAACUUGCUCAGGUCGAUUAAGAAUACUCAAACUCAGGGGAAGCGUACCCUUAGAGAAGUUCAACAGAUCAUAGGUGUUUGGGAUAAAUUUGAGCAAGACAUGAAGCAAGCUUGUAAAGAGUUGGGAGAGAGAUAUGAGACUGACCUAAUAAUGAAGAAUAUUAAGAACAAAGAGGAACCAGGGUGUUCUUGUUGUAACCAUACACUUCGUCAGAAACUAAGAAGAGCUGCUAAGAAGUCGAUCGCAAUCUCUGCUAUUUUAAAAUAUCACAGGUUCAGAUAAGCCUAUUCCAACCAAAAACUAUAUCAUAAUCUCUACAUAAUAUUUC